GAUAAUUAUAUUGUACCAAACAUUGUGUCACAGCUGAUUGUGAAAGAAAAAUGUAAACAAAAACAUAAAAUUCAUUAUUAAAAAAAAAAUUUAUAUAUCGAAAGGAUACUUAUUUGUUUAAUUUAAUGUAACAUCAAAUGGCUGGCGAAAAAAAUAUUCUUAGUUUACGAUUUAAUCAAGAUCAAGGAUGUUUCACAUGUUGUAUGGAAUCUGGUCUUAGAGUAUAUAAUGUAGAACCAUUAGUGGAAAAAGCUCAUUUGGAAAAUGAUAUAAUGGGAAGUAUAGCUAUUGCAGAAAUGCUUUGGAGAACAAACAUCAUUGCUAUAGUAGGUGGUGGUACAAGACCAAAAUUUGCAGAAAAUACUGUACUUAUUUAUGAUGAUUUAUCUAAAAAAUUUAUAAUGGAAGUUACAUUUACCAGUCCUAUUAAAGCUAUACGAUUACGUAGAGACAAAAUAAUUUUACAAAACAGAAUGAUAGUAGCACUUCAACGAGAAAUACAUGUUUUCUCAUUUCCUAUGCCUACACGAAGAUUAUUGACUUUAGAAACCAGAGAUAAUCCAAUGGGAUUAAUUGAAGUUGCUACAUUAGCUACUGCACAAAAACAACUUCUUGCUUUCCCUGGCCAUAAACAGGGUAGUGUACAAUUAAUUGAUCUUGGUGCUACAGAAGCAGGAAGUUCUAGUGCUCCUGCAACUCUUGCAGCACAUCAAGGUGCAUUAGCUUGUCUUGCAGUUAAUAAUAGUGGAACAAUGAUAGCAACUGCUUCCACUCAAGGUACAUUAGUUAGAGUAUGGGACAGUAUACGUAGACACUUGUUAGUGGAAUUGAGAAGAGGUGCUGAUCCUGCAACACUUUAUUGCAUUACGUUUAGUAGAGAUUCGGAAUUCUUAUGUGCUUCUAGUGAUAAAGGAACAGUACACAUAUUUGCAUUAAAAGACACACAAUUAAAUCGCAGAUCGACUUUUUCAAAAAUGGGAUUUUUGGGAAAUUAUGUUGAAAGUCAAUGGGCAUUGGCUACAUUCACCGUACCACCAGAAUGUGCUUGCGUAUGUGCAUUUGGGACAAGAAGUUCUGUCAUAGCAAUUUGUAUGGAUGGAACAUUUCAUAAAUAUGUUUUUACUGCCGAUGGAAAUUGUAACCGUGAAGCAUUUGAUGUCUUCCUAGAUGUUUGUGAUCAUGAUGACUUUUAAUAUGAAUUGUAUAUUAUAUUUAGAACAUGUUUUAGAAUAUCUGUAGGAAAGUUUCCAGUCAUUUUAAAUAAGAAACUUCUUGCAGUAAUAUCUGUACAGUAAAUAAUUAGGAAAAUAAUUAUAAGAAGAGUACAAGUCACU